AUAUUUCGCUCUGCAGCUGGAUGAGAGCACGGAUGUAGCAAAUGUCGCAGAAUUGCUUGCAUACAUCAGAUUUAUUUCAGAAGAUAACUUUGUUGAGGAAAUAUUAUUUUUGCAAAGCACUGGAAGAUAGGACCAUAUGAAGAGACAUUUUCCAAGUUUUAGAUGAGUUCAUAAUCUCAAAUGGACUUGAUUGGUAUCGUUAUGUGGGUGUGUGUUCAGAUGGGGCAGUGGGACUAUGACAGGCAAAAAAAGCGGAGUAACAGCUUUGAUCAGGCAGAAGGCCCCAAAUGUAGUGGCAACACACUGCAUGCUCCAUCGCGACUCGCGCGGCACUUGUACACAUCAUUUUAUUUUUUUUAAAGAAGUGCAACAGGGGGGUCCCCGCCAGAGGACAAUGCUAUAUGGGGGUCCUUGGUAUGGCAAAGUUUGCGAACCCGUCUACCCCCGUAAUCCACCGGGUCCGGAGAAGCUAGGCAGGCUAUCUGAUAUCACUGAUGUCAUGUAGCCUAGUAAGACUUCCGUUGAACAUUUUCAAAAUAAAGUAGGCUAAUUGUGUUCAUGUUUGUAAUUUAACGAUUUGUUUUUCACAUUAAGAUAGAUUGUAGUGUGCGUUGGGGGGAUUUAAUGGAAUCAUCAGCUGAUUGACUACAGGUGUUCUCGGUUGCUAAGCAUCGCACAAAGAGCAGGGGAAAGUUUCAGUUAUUAGCAUCCAGGAAGACUUUUAACCGUAAGCUUUACGAAAUUAAAAACGAAUUGAGUUUAAUGUGUUAGCAACAGCUGAUCUAACGUUGAGAUAGUGUCAGAUUUAUACUGACAGAUCAUUGGAUCGUAAUUUGGACGACAAUUUAGUUCGGAAAUGGGUCGAGUGAGGCGUGCCAGUGGAAUACCAAACAAACCAGAUACACCCGUGCGGAACAAACGAGAAAAGCACAAGAGACUUCUGCCAAACAAGAAAUAUGAAGCUUUUGCAGAGGAGCCUGGGGUGGAAGAGAUGCAUGUUCCCACUGUCAAACCAACCAAACCAACACACAUUAAGACUGUCCAAAACAAAUCUGGGUUACGCUUGAGCAGGCCUCCAUCUACUGAAAACUCCAGCAAGAAAACGCAUGCCGUGCCAGCUUCUAGGAGAUCUAGUUACAGAGUGUCAGCAUCAGGUCACCAAACAAUUCAAACCACUCCCAGGAUAGAGGCCGCUAAAGGUGGUGACAUGCUAGUUAACGAUGAAGAGCAAAACAUGACAGUAACAUCUGAAAGUGUCAUGUCGUCUAGCAUGGAGUCAGACACUCCUUUCAUCUGUAACGAUGAUGAUGAGGAGGAAGAAGACUGCUUCUUUGCCUCAUCUUUCAGCAGUCUUCCCUCCCCGGAGACCUUUAGAAGAGAUAUAGAUGUGGAGACAUCAACUUUUCCUAUUAAGGAGGGGCUUGGGCUUCAUCUUAACAUAAAAAACUCCACCUUGCUUAAUGUGAGCAACGCUGAGACCAUACACAUGCAUCAGCCCCUAAACCUUUCUAGCAUCAUCGAUGUCUCUGAGAUUGUUGACGAAAAGAACUGUGAGAUCAACCAACACGGAAGACCUGAAGCUGAGACCAGAAAACAUGUGGACCCAUUUAAAUCAGAGAAGGCCUUGGAGUUGAAAACCCCCCCAAAACUCACCAACAGAAGGACCAUUUCAUACAAGAAGAAGGUCUCGUUCAAAAGCCCCAUCAUUGUGGACACCUUGGAAGCAAAAUACAUCCCAGGCACCAAAUUAACCAUUUACCGCAACAAUGAACUAGCCCACACAUCAAGCACUUCUGAGCAGAAUGAAACAGACACAUCCUCAGCUGGUAACAUCAGUUAUAAAGAAAAAGCAUUAAAGCUGAAGGUGAGGGCAAAAAGGCCUGUAAUAAUAAUCCGGGAAUCAAAGUUCUUUGACUUUAUCGACGACAGUGACAGUGAUGCAUUCUUUGAUAGAAUGAGAAUACGUUGUGCCAAACUCAGAAGUGCUCCUUUAUUUCCUCUCACAGCUUCGCCUCCUAUGUAGAACCUUCUUUUUUGUGAUAUCUUAAGGCAAAUUAAUGUAUGUUAAGAUGUUGUCUUUUUCCCAUAAUCAAGAUGUAUAGAGGUCUGUAUGUUGACUAUCCUGUAAAAGAGUAAUCUGAUGUCAGUGUAUGAGUCAUCAUGUCUCAAAUGUGAUGCAUUCUUUAUUUAAAGAGAAUAAUUCAAAAGGCAUGCCCUGCCAUGUAUUUAAGUGCAUGCACAUCAUAUAUUUUGAGUGUGACUUUUCAACUUUCCUUUCUUCUCAACCUUGUCCUUUUAUUACCUUGUUACUGUUUCCUACAAACCUUGACAUGUACCUCUGGUUACCUUUUGUAUUCUACAAUUGUGUAUUGUACAAGUGUCUGUGCAAAGUGACCACUAGAUGUCAGACCUGUAUUUUUUUACGGUGCCUUUUCACCUCUCCUGUUAUAUUGUUUUAUAAUUUAAAAUAUAUAUGUUGUUUGUGUUGCAUUUUUGUGUUAUUAAUUAUUUACUCUUUGUUUGUGCCAUAAUUGCAUACAAAUCAAAAAUUGUAUUGUAAGCAAAAAGCUUAAAUGUAAGCUAAUUUGUCUUUUUGGUCGUCUAUAUUUUCAAGGACUCCCUGCUAAUGUAGGCCUACUAAUUUCCGAUCGUCAAAAAUAUUCAAAAC